AAGACGUAAAGCCUCAUGUCCGUCCCCGCCCCUUUCCGAGAGGACCGCUUUGUGGUAAACAUGUCGCUGCUGUCUCGCUCUAAAUUGCUCUUCAGUAUUAAGAGACUAAGACCCUGUCUUCUUGACAUGAAGAGCGGCUGUUCGUAUGUCUUAAGGCGUUUCACGUCCGAGCUGAAAGGUAUGAAGCAGGUUAAGCCACUAGAUGGCAUCAGAGUCUUAGACCUCACCAGAGUCCUGGCUGGUCCUUUUGCCACAAUGAUCCUGGGAGAUUUGGGGGCAGAGGUCAUCAAAGUGGAGCGACCAGGGACGGGAGAUGACACGAGAGCAUGGGGACCUCCGUAUGUACGUGAAGAGAGCGCUUAUUUCCUGAGUGUGAACAGGAAUAAAAAGAGCAUUGCUGUGAAUCUUAAAGAUCCAAAGGGGACUAAACUGAUUACAGAGCUCGCCAGAAAUUGUGAUAUACUGCUGGAAAACUAUCUUCCCGGUAAACUGGAUGAGAUGGGACUCGGCUAUAAGGAUCUGAGUGAAGCAGCUCCGCAAAUUAUCUACUGUUCCAUCACAGGCUAUGGCCAGACUGGACCCAAGUCACACCAACCGGGAUAUGACUCUAUAGCAUCUGCUGUGUCUGGGAUGAUGCACAUCACAGGUCCUGAGGAUGGGGAUCCAGUGAGGCCUGGAGUUGCCAUGACGGAUCUGGCCACUGGACUGUAUGCUCAGGGAGCGGUGAUGGCUGGCCUGCUGCAGAGACAGCGGACUGGACGAGGUCUUCACAUCGACUGCAACCUGCUCUCAUCUCAGGUGGCUUGCCUCACUCACAUUGCUGCGAACUACCUCAACGCUGGACAAGAGGCCAGAAGAUGGGGAACGGCUCAUGAGAGUAUCGUCCCAUAUCAGGGCUUCAAAACAAAAGAUGGAUACAUUGUUGUGGCUGCUGGGAAUGAUCAGCAGUUUGUCAAAGUGUGCAAAGUCCUGAACCUAAACAAGCUGGCAGAAAAUCCGAAGUACAAGACCAACGCAUUACGGGUUCAGCACCGCAAAGAGCUGCUGCAGCUUCUGGCUGAGAGGUUCUCUGAGGAGUCCACUGCUAAAUGGCUGAGAUGCUUCGAAGGCACCGGAGUCCCCUGUGGCCCCAUUAACACCAUCCAGCAGGUGUUCUCCGACCCACAGGUUGUUCAUAAUGGCCUAAUUGUGGAGAUGGACCACCCAACUUCAGGAAGGAUUGCAGUGCCAGGUCCUGCUGUCCGAUUCAACAGUUUUGAGUUUGACAAGCCAGCUCCACCCCCUGUGAUUGGUCAGCACACAGUCGAGGUCCUGAAAGGUAUCCUGGGCUACAGCGAUGAUGUCAUCAACCAGCUGCUGACUUCACGGACCGUCACUCAAAAUACAGUUUACUAACGCCAGCGAACAAGGCAUGGCCGAGUCCGCUCCCAAAAUAUGAUCAUACAGCCUCCUCUUACCAAAUAAACACACUCGCACCUUAAUGCACACGCACACACAUAUGCACACCGACAUGACAGUGUGGGAGAAAUAUUGUUCCACCUCCCCAACUCAGUGGUUAUGUUUUAGAAAUUACUCGGCCAAAAAGGCCAACCGAAAGCAAGCCGCAAAUGUAACAUUAACAACAGAAUGACGCAUGAGGAGGCUCGGAGGGUCUGGCCUGCCAGUUGGCGUGUCCAGUGGAAUGUGGUCUGGCUCCGUGACCUGCGCUCACAUUCACAUCACCUCACUCUCUUCUUCCUGUUUUAUUGAUCAAUAACGUAUGCAGACUCCCUGCUGGAUAAGCUUUCAAAUCAAACCUUCAGUAAUGGAAAGAAAGAAAAUCUAUUUCUCAGCUCUUUGGGCUGCCUCUUAAACUUCUAAGCUCAGUUUGCAUCACCGUUUUGGCUAAAUUUACAAUCUUUGACUAAACAUUGAGUCUAGAAUGGAAAUACCCUACAGCACAUGUGGAAAUACCCAACGGUAAAUGAUACACGGCACACCUCAUACUGUUUGCCUAGUCUGAAUUAAAGUGAAAUUGAAAUUGAUAGUUUAGCACUCCACAAAUUUAAGUGGACCAAAAAAAACCAAGCAGAGGACCAUCUGUGACUGGAAACAUAGUUUAAAAAGCCUUUUAUCUGUUGAUCACUUCUUGUAAUUGGGUAAAUCUCACUAUAAUAGAACUGCACUAUGGUUCUCUUAGAAGCAGACAAAGAUCACCUCUCAUAGGAAGUGUUGGAUUAUGUCCAAGUGUGAUUGCUGUUUUUAUACCUCAUUGAAUUCAUGGUUUAAUUCAAACAAAAGAGUCAUCUUAGUCAUAUGCUUUCGUUUACAUUCAGAAUUAUUCCAUGAUUUAAUCCACAAAACGUUAUUUUAAAGCCCCUCUUAACUUUUUCAUAAUUAGUUUCUUAUUGUUAGCUACAGCUUCUGUAGUGAAUAUACCACAACAUUUUUUUUUCUGUUAAAUAUUUGGAGUUAUAUGCAGGACUAUGUUUAGUAGAGGCGACGUCAGAUCUAGGAAAGUACCAAAUUAAAUUUGGCCGAAAGCUUAUGUCAGCUACCCUUUUACCCCACCUGCUGAAACUGAACUGACUGCUUUCCUUCUCACACAGCCUCUUUGUUCCUGAGUGUGAGCAAAACUGCAUCUAAUUCAAAUUGUUUACCAUUUUAUAUGCACUAUUUUGUGUCAUUAGCUUAUGUGUGGUAAUAGUUUUUUUUUAGUUAAACAGUGAAAGAAGUGAGAAUUAGCACAAUGACUACAACUGAGAUUCGUUAUAUUGUUAAAUCUAAAUUAAUUGUCUGUCUAUUUAAAACAUUUUUAUAAUACUCAUUACACGUGGGCACAUUGAAAACCCAAGAGUAUAGUUUCUGGCAAUGUUUUUUUGUGAUUGUAUGAUAAAAUCUCACGAUGUUAUAAAUAGAUCUUUGUUGAUUUGGGUUAAUUUGGUCUGCUACCAAAACUUAUAACAGUCAAUUAUGAACAAGCCACUCGCCACUGCGUAAUACUAUAAUCACAAGUUUAGUAAUUAGAGCUGAGUGCACACUACACGAUUUAACCUUGACUUCCCUGGUUUCCCAGUUUCCCAGUGUCCCCUAGCCAAGCAGCAUGUAGUGUGAGUAGUUGACCAGCAUUUUCUCAGCCUAAGGCGCCAAUAUUUUCAAGCAUGUUUAACAUUCUCAGCAAAGAAUCACUUAGUGUAAAUCCAUCUGUGACUUGUUGCAAGAAGAGCAAUGAAAAACAGCUAACGAGAGUCCAAGAGGAAAUCAGAUUCAUCUGCUCCCAUAUACAGCGGAUCAAAUCCAGUUUAUCAGUCAAUUUCUGUAGGUGAGGACAAAAUGUAAGCACAGUAAUAUAGCUUCUAUAAGAACUUAUUUGCCAUGUCCUACUCAAAUGGUUGUUAGGAAAAGCAAAAAAAUGGCGUAAUUCCUGCUGGUCCACAGCAUAAAAAUAGCUCCUUUUUUUGCACUGUAUCUCCAGUUCUCUUUGCAGAACAGACAAUCCUCACUGCCUGCAUCUUCCCAACCAAUAUUUCCUCCACAUUUUCUCUUAUUUCUCUUUUGUCUUGUUUCCACACAAAAUAUUGACAAAGUCACAGUCACAUUUUGGACAGUUCUCAUGUUUAUUUUCCAUGAGAAAGCAGGAUUUGAGGAUCUGGCAUGCUUCAGAAGUGAUCUUUUCAGCUAAAAGAUUUUGUACUGUGUGCGUGCCUCGUCAGACACCGAUCAUGUAGUUUGCAUACCACAAAACUAUUUCUGAGAUUCUGAGAUUUUGAAAGUCUGAAAGUCGUGUAGUGUGCACUCAGCUUUAGACUGACAAUUUUGGCAGUUCUGGCCCGGGGGAGGGGGGAAGAGGAAGCAUUUAUCUGAGCUCAUUGCACAUCCCGGAGACUGAAGAAUGCAGCAUUUAUGUAAGAAGUGUCAAUGCAAUAAAAUGAUAUCGUGUCUUAACUUUUGCACUCUCACUACAUCCAGAUGUUUAUGAACUGAAUGAGCGUUGUUUGACUACACUUCACAAUGAUGAACUCAACAGGUGCAAGGUCCGAAAACACAACUCUGUUUGUUCAGAGGUUCAGUGGCUAUAGUACCUCAGAGUAGAAUGAUUCAGUCCCUCAGGGGAAUUAGGGUUGUUUCGGAUGUCAGUAAUUGCCAGAUAUUUUUCACGUCUGAUUUCUUCCCGUCUGUUCUGCACAAAUGACUUGAUGUCAAACACAGACUGGGUCACGGCAGGACAGCAUUAUGAGUGUGACCACUAUAAAGGACACACCACAGAAAAAGUUUAUUUAAAUCCAGCCAGGAACUGUCAUGUGAUUUUAUUACAUAUGCAGCAUGAUUAGUCUUAACAUGUGGUUUUGACAGAAUUUUGUUUAGGCUCCACGUUGAAAGCUUUGAGUGGCUGAGUUUUGCUUUUAGACACCGUGAGAAGCAAUUCUGCUCUGUCGAGAGCUAAAAAGGGAGUUUUCCUGAAUGAGUCAUCUGUUUGAAUGGUUCCAGAUCAUUUCACUGGAAUCACGUUUUAAUAAGUACCCCGGAUGAAGUACAGGUCAAAUCAUUAUACGUCUACAGACAUGUUUUUGCACUUUAAGAUUCUUUAAUGUAAUUUUAUUGGGCAAUUAUAAGAGAUAGGUCCCAGAUUCUGGCUGUAAAAUAUUGUGUUUAAAAUUAAAAGUAAAAAGUUAUGAAAAUAUAACUUUGCAUAUUCUUAAUAAUAAUAGUAUAGAGAUAAUAAUAGUAUGUACUCUACUUUUGAGACUCGGACCCUACAUUCACACUAGUAAGCAACAAGUUGCAUGUAGCUUGUCUACUGUUAUUGCUUGUGGGCGUGACCUGUCCAGAGAUUUCUUUUAGUUCCAAUGAGAAAUGGUGGUAGCUAUAUACAGUAUAAUGUAGCUACUAAAGUAUACUAGUGUAACACAAAUUAUAUAAUGCACUAAUCAGUGUGUAAAUUGGUUAUUUGAAUCAUUCAAAAUAGUUGUUUUGAUUUGUCACUUUGGUGCAUUAUACUUAAUUCGCUUGGAAUUGAGAAUCUAAUUUCAACUGUUUGUUGCGCUGUCACUGAAAUCACAAGACUUUCAUGUACAUAGCAAAUGAAUGGCGCACUAUUGCUUUGUCACUUGUUAGUGUGGACAUUGGUGAGAGAGUCACUAUAAGUGAUGGUUAACUUACCAAGACAUGCCAGAAGAAACCAAAAGAAACCUGGUUAUAUGUCUACACUUGUGUAAGCAGAGCCAGUGAUGCAGAGGACUUCUUGUUUCUGCUUUUGCCUUCAGCUGCUCUCUUUUGAGAUCCAGCCAAAGUGGUGGAAUGAGAAAGAAAUGCAAGCAUCAGAUCUGAGACUCAAAUAUGUACCAGUUUAUGAGCAAACUUGUUACUCCCAUGGAAAUAGUUUGGAAGGUGUGAGCGACUUUGAUAACUGCUUCUAAUCAGCUGCCCGGGAGACGAUUGUUUAUGUUUACAAGUCCUUGCUUGCAUGUUUUCAGCGCGUGAUCUCGGGAUCACAUGGAUAUGAAGUCCUGGGAGAGCACUGGGAAGCGCUUUCCUGUUUUCAGUUUGGGUUCCGCUGACACGUUCGGAGAAGGAAACGGGUUAUCCAGCCCAGCCAGCUGUGCUUGACAUUAGCCUCUUCCCGGCGUCCCACACUGCAUCUCUCCGACUCCAGCCAAUGGGAGUUGACCCAUGCCGCCGUCACUUCCAUUCGAGUGUGUGUACACUGUUGCUGUGACGAUGGAGGGGUUCCGGAGUGAUGGGCUGCCCAAGAGAUGAAAUAAGCAGAGCUGGAGCAGGCCCAAGGUUUCAGAGAAAGAGACGGAAAGAGUGAAAGAGGACGAGGAGAGAGAAAGGUGGGAUGGGAAAGCCAUCUGUGUGACUGCCUGGAGAAACUCUGUUAAUCUUUCUACUUCUUCCAUGCUCAGAGAGACAUAAAUCUUCAGUUAAAGUGACCAGGAACUUUUGGUGAAGGGUCGGAAAUUUUGAAGAGGAUCUUCCACAGGCUAAAGGUGGCAGCUUUCAUUGACGUGAUGUUCCAGGCAGGUUUUAAGCUCUUAAAAUCCUGGUUUUCCCAAUUGCUGAUUUAACCUACAGCUGCCUACUGCAGCAUGUUAGUUUGUUGCACAAGCACACCAAACCUUUGGCAUUCACUGGCAACUGUAUGCUGCUUACAUAAAUUAGGUUAUGUAAAAGUUCUCUGUCACUGUUCCUCAGUUCUUCAAAGUUGUGCCAUAUGGACAAACUUGUACCAUAAACCAUAUGGCUGAACAGUGAAAAAUCAGAGUUCUGACUCCACUUUCUCAAAUCAAGACCAUCGACUCUUUCAACAGUUGGAUUAAUCAGCAAAAGUGCAUCAAGCCCAUAAAUCAUGUAAAUAAUGAUGUUGCAGUCUAGAGUCACCACUGCUACAGUGGAAAGCAGUGCCUUGAAGCCUGAUCUUUUAGCCCAGUAAAUGCAGUCAUUUUGUUUAAUGGAUCAUUCACGAGGGUGAUGAUGUAAAGCCUCACUUGCUUGCACCACGGAGGUUAUAACACCAGUAUCCAGAGGGAGGAUCAGCUGUGAGUGUGUGUAAUUUCAGAAGGAAAGUGUGGGAGUGCUGAGAGGAAAUGGCUGUGGCCUGAUGACAAUCUCACGCUCGGCAAAAGCCACCCCAAACCUGCUGGAGUGUGUUAUUUAGUGAGAUGAGACCUGUAUACCCAGAGAUCAGCUGAAAAAGUACUUUGGUCUCCAGCCACAUUGGCAUUGAUGUGUUUGAUGUUUGAGCGGUAAAUACAGGCCAGCUUAUGGCUUCUGUGCUGUGAUAACAGUCUUCACUAGCUGAUGUAACUGCCUGUGUCCAAGAGAGCAAGAGAGUCCCUGUCCUCUGAGAUCAUUUGUAUUGAAGAGUGCAGUUGGUACUUUCUUACAAAUGUGGAAGUUUGAUAGAUUGCAGUGACGUGUUAGCUGGGUAUCUGUCAUGUAAUUGCGGAGAAAUAGCAUGUGAUAAAUUGGGAAUAACUACAUUGGAAGAAAAUUCAACCUGAAUAUUACUCUUUAUAAUUAAAAUGGGAUCUUCAGUAGUGUCCAAGAUUUACUUUGUAAUGAAAUUCCAAGUUGACCUUUUUAGUUAAAGCUUUUACAUGAACGUGUUGGUGUGUUUUCACUUUGGUCAGUGUUUUCCAACAUACACACAGUGCUGUUGGACUACCUGCUGAUGGUGGUGCCAGUGGGAUUUAGCCCUUGCUUCAUCUUUACCGAAAGUAACUGAUGCAACAGCGCCUUAGUCUGUACAGCUCUGUCUCACCUUCUCAUCUAUAUACUCUAAUCAAACAGAUCAACUUCUAAAGGAACUUUCAUGCUAAUACUGCAAUCAACACCAUCACAUUCAUCUGCUAGAAUGCUAUCUAGCCGAGCCGAGUCUUUGCCCUAACUCAUAUACAGUAGCUGCAUUGCAUUCUGGCACUUUGAGUCCAGCAUUUGCACCGAUGUCUCAACUUCCACACUGGAUUUCUCAUUAAUAUGAUGUUGAAUGUUGAUGAAAAAUGAUGUAUGAGAAAAGAAUCUCUUGCUCCUUUUGUUUUUAGGAACUAACAACAAAACCUGUUGAGUGAUAAGUGUUAUCAUUUAUAUUUCAGAUUGUUGAUUUUUUUUAUCUUAUUAAACACCAGUAUAACUGUGCUAGCAAUAACAAUGCUAACUUCUAACACACUGAGCAACAAAUUAGCACCAGAAUCUGUAAACAUGUCACAAAUAUAUUUCAAUAUAAACUUAUUUAAUGUGCUUUAAAAGUGAAAGAGGCAAUAAUAUAACAUCAGUAACUAAAAUCAGUAUGUCCUCUUUUUAUAGAGUUUAUACUUUCCUACUUUAACUUGAGUGAAAAAUUUGAACUUUAUACUUUUCUACUUUAACUUGAGUGAAGAAUUUGAACUUUUACCAUAGUAUUUAUUUAGAUGAGUAAUCGCACUUUUACAUGAUUAAAGAGUUUGGGUAGUUUCCCCACCUCUGCUUCUAGAAAUCAUGAGUGUGUUGGUAGUUAUAAAAUAUGUAGACUGAUUUGCUAAUGGACAAUAUGAAUUAAUAGAACAAAGAAAGCUGAAUAAAGUAUUACAAUUGA